CCUGCCAGAGCCGGAGCUUUACGAUUGGUACACUGGGAAGUGCUCCCGCCCGAAGUUCCUCCAAUCCCGGAAUCGGAUGCUUUUUCUUGCACGGGUUCCGCUCGUUACGCAGAUACAGUUGUUUGUCCCCAGACUACGCUGCGCUUCUCCGACUUUGCUGCUGAUGCACGGAGUCCCCUGGGUCCCUGUCAACUACACUGCUGACCAGCCCACCCACCUGUGCUGCGCCUUCCUGUGGGCCUCCCCCCUCUUCUGUGGGACCCCGUGACGUGGGUCCAGUCCAGUCAGAGAAGAAAACCCUCUCAUGCUAGUGUUGCAGACCCCAGAGGGUGAGAGAAAAGGGAACCUUAUUCAGCCUUGAAACCCAUGGGCUCAGCCCCUCAAGAAGUCAUUCCAAACCUUUCUGUAAUCAAGGCCCUCCCUCGUGUUACAUGUGUCCUGCUGCCCUGUGAUUUUUAUCUGCCAAACUGUGUAGAUAAAGUAACUAUUGACUUUUCCCUUUCCAAAUUAUCAGAUGUCUCUUGAGUGUACAAUAAAAUAAACGUUCAAUGAUUCCUAUGAUGUUGUCAACAACCAGUCAGGGCUCCUGAUCAGCUUGCGAAGAAAAAUCUGUGAAUCAUCAGCCUUUGUGGUCUUACUGUGGGCAAGGGUUUCUUGUGGGAUUUGUAACAUACUAAAAACAAUACACGCAUCAUCAGUCUGAUCCCAGGCGGCCCCUUAGUGGUACCAGAUCCAGACUGGGACACUUGUGGCUUCUGAGGCCUCUGCCGAGUGUGCUUCGGGAGUAUUGGGGAAUACAAAUCUGAAGAAGCUGGCUUCCUGCUGGUGUGUUUACCUGGGACUUCUGAGGGACUGAAUCAGACAGUGCUCCUCUGUUACACCGGUUCUUUUAGCAACAAAUUGCAACCAGCUAAGAGUCCACACUUCCUCCCCAGCUGUGCUACUAGCUAGUGGAAGCAGUAAGUUUUCCCAAGAGAAGGCACUGAACCUUGUAGGAACAGCUUCUCAGGGGCUGACCCUGUUCUAUUUUGUAAACAUCUGCAGGAUUAGUAGAGCUCUUGGGUCCAGGGGCCAUUCUUAGCUCUGGAGAGCAAUGCACUGGACUCAGUCUAAGGAGGCAGUCCCACUGUCUUGUCUAGGCAUCUAAGCGCUACAAUGUAUUUUUUCUUGGUACUGGAAGAGCUUUGCCUUGCCCAUCAAACCUGGGCAGGAGGGCCAUAAAGGAAGGUUCCUGGAGGAUGUGAGCCCAUGGGCAAGCUAGGCUAAUUAGGAGGAAAUAGCCUGUGGGCACCUUACAGUUGAAAGGACAGCAACCUUAAUCUCUAUUGUUCCUCUGGCACCAGAGCCCUAGCUUGUAAUUGGUGGGUGGAAUGGAGCUGACACUCUUGGUCCUGUGUGGCAGGUCCCGUGUGGGUGCUGAGAUGGCCAAUGAGAAUCACGGCAGCCCCCGGGAGGAAGCAUCCCUUCUAAGCCACUCUCCAGGCACCUCUAAUCAGAGCCAGCCCUGUUCUCCAAAGCCAGUUCGCCUGGUACAGGAUCUCCCAGAGGAGCUGGUACAUGCAGGCUGGGAGAAGUGCUGGAGCCGGAGGGAGAGUCGUCCCUACUACUUCAACCGAUUCACCAACCAGUCCCUGUGGGAGAUGCCCGUGCUGGGCCAGCACGAUGUACUUUCGGACCCUUUGGGGCUGAAUGCAACCCCACUGCCCCAAGACUCAAGUUUGGUGGAGACUCCCCCAGUGGAGAUCAAAUCCAGAAAGCGGCAGCUCUCAGAAGAGCAGCCGAGUGGCAACGGUGUGAAGAAGCCCAAGAUUGAAAUACCUGUGACACCCACAAGCCAGUCGGUGCCCAGUUCCCCCAGCAUCCCAGGAACCCCAACACUAAAGAUUUGGGGUGCAUCCACUGAAGAUAAACAGGCAGCUCUCCUCCGACCCACUGAGGUGUACUGGGACCUGGACAUUCAGACCAAUGCUGUCAUCAAGCACAGGGGUCCUUCAGAGGUCCUGCCCCCACACCCUGAGGUGGAGCUGCUCCGCUCUCAGCUCAUCCUGAAGCUCCGCCAGCACUACCGGGAGCUGUGCCAACAGCGGGAGGGCAUUGAGCCACCCCGGGAAUCUUUCAACCGCUGGAUGCUAGAGCGCAAAGUGGUGGACAAAGGAUCUGAUCCCCUGUUGCCAAGCAACUGUGAACCAGUUGUGUCACCAUCCAUGUUUCGUGAAAUUAUGAAUGACAUUCCCAUCAGGUUAUCCCGCAUCAAGUUCCGAGAGGAAGCCAAACGCCUGCUCUUUAAAUAUGCAGAGGCUGCCAGGCGGCUGAUUGAGUCCAGGAGUGCAUCCCCUGACAGCAGAAAAGUGGUCAAGUGGAACGUGGAGGAUACCUUCAGCUGGCUUCGGAAGGACCACUCAGCCUCCAAGGAGGACUACAUGGACCGCCUGGAGCACCUGCGGAGGCAGUGUGGGCCCCACGUCUCUGCUGCAGCCAAGGACUCUGUGGAAGGCAUCUGCAGCAAGAUCUACCACAUCUCCCUGGAGUAUGUCAAACGGAUCAGAGAGAAGCACCUUGCCAUCCUCAAGGAAAACAACAUCCCAGAGGAGAUGGAGGCCUCAGAGUUGGAGCCCCGUCUGGUGUACUGCUACCCCGUGCGCCUGGCUGUGUCUGCACCCCCUAUGCCUACUGUGGAAAUGCACAUGGAGAAUAGUGUGGUCUGCAUCCGGUAUAAGGGAGAGAUGGUCAAGGUCAGCCGCAGCUACUUCAGCAAACUGUGGCUCCUUUACCGCUACAGCUGUGUAGAUGACUCUGCCUUUGAGAAGUUCCUGCCUCGAGUCUGGUGUCUUCUCCGUCGAUAUCAGAUGAUGUUUGGCGUUGGCCUCUAUGAGGGGACUGGACUGCAGGGGUCACUGCCUGUGCACGUCUUUGAAGCCCUCCACCGACUCUUUGGCGUCAGCUUCGAGUGCUUCGCCUCACCCCUCAACUGCUACUUCCGCCAGUACUGUUCUGCCUUCCCUGACACAGAUGGCUACUUUGGCUCCCGAGGGCCCUGCCUGGACUUCGCCCCGCUGAGUGGUUCCUUUGAGGCCAACCCUCCGUUCUGCGAGGAGCUCAUGGAUGCUAUGGUCUCUCACUUCGAGAAACUACUGGAGAGUUCAACAGAGCCCCUGUCCUUCAUUGUGUUUAUCCCCGAGUGGCGGGAGCCCCCGACACCAGCGCUCACCCGUAUGGAGCAGAGCCGCUUCAAACGCCACCAGCUGGUCUUGCCUGCCUUUGAGCACGAGUACCGCAGUGGCUCCCAGCACAUCUGCAAGAAGGAGGAAAUGCACUACAAGGCCGUCCACAACACGGCCGUGCUCUUCUUGCAGAACGACCCGGGCUUCGCCAAGUGGGGUCCAACUCCGGAGCGGCUGCAGGAGCUCACCACUGCCUACAAGCAGUCGGGCCGCAGCCACAGCUCCAGCUCUUCCUCCUCCUCGUCAGAGGCCAAGGACCGGGACUCAGGCAGGGAGCAAGGUCCUAGUCGAGAGCCUCAACCCACUUAACAUAUCCUGCGGGGAGGAGGAGCCCCAGGGGUGCUGUUACAGACUGCUGGGAUUCAGUCCUCAAGGCUGAGCAGGCCCUAGGCACCCCCACCCUGGGGUGGCAGCAGGACUUGAGCUGCCAGAAACAUAGGAAUAUGAUGGCUCUACCAGGGCUCCCCCUUCCUGCUCCCACAUCUUCAGACUCACCAGGUCCCUUGUAAAUAGUCCUAUGCCUUCCCAGCCCCAUACUGACCCUGUUGCUGCCUUGUUUCAUUUGUAAAAGUUAAUACAGAAACUUCCCAAGAGUGUCUGGGGGUCUUGGGGCGGCUGGCUCUCUGACCACUCCCUAUCAAAUCCAGGUGCCCCCUAUCAAGAUCCCUGGGCCUUCAUACCCA